AUGAGGCUUGUCAAGUCAAAUCCUGUUCUAGAAGCAUUCGUUAAUGCAAAUUCAGUCAAAAACAACAACUCCAGGUUGUUUUGGUCACAGCUUGGCAUUGGAUCUCUUGCGUGGGUGAGGGAUCCUGAUGUAGCUUGGGUAGAUUGCGAAGUUGUGGAGGCUAAUGGUGAAGAAAUUAAGGUUCUUUGCUUCCAGACUUACACAGGAACUAUAAUACUUGCUAUGAAGCCUUUCAUAAAAUUGCCUCAUUUAUAUGAUAGUCAUAUGAUGACACAGUACAAAGGGGCAGCCUUCGGUGAACUGAGCCCCCUUCCUUUUGCUGUUGCAGAUGCAGCAUAUAGUCAGUCAAUUUUGGUUAGUGGUGAGAGUGGAGUAGUUACAACAGAAAGCACAAAAUUGCUUAUGUGGUAUGUUGCUUACAUUGUCAAGCAGCAAGAGCCGGAGUCAAAUCCUGUUCUAGAAGCAUCUGGUAAGGUGAAGACAGUCAGAAACAACAACUCCAGGUGGGAAGAUUUUGCAUUUACAGUGUAA